CUUCAAGGCAACAAAACCAACAAUGAUGAGAAAAGCGGGUGCUUUGGCGCUGGUGACGGCGCUGGUGGUGUGCUUGGCACCUGCCGCUGUGGAGGCGAUGCACCGGGCGUGUGUGCCUCGUGGGACCAAGCUGAAGACGUCCAAGGGCGACUUUUGUGUGUGCAAGCCCGAGUACAAGCCGCGUGGACUGCAGAUUCUGCAGUUCUACAACAACAAUCAGCCAUCCGGGCGUGGGUUCAACCCCACUUGCUGCAAGCACUGCUACUGCGCCACCGAUAGCGACUUCCUGCAGGGCCUGCACAAGGGGCAGCGCAACAAACACACGCGCAUCGACCCCUUUGACGCAGAAGGGGACCACGCAGAGGUCUACAAGGACCUCAUCUUCCAGCACACCGUUAACGACACCAGCGCGCAGGGGAUUGGUGACUUUGCCUACUUCAAGCGAGACAUGUUCCCUGCUUGCCAGGCAUCUCUACCUGACACGCCCAGUACGCAGGACGCCGUUGAAGUGGCGUCCGCAUUCAUCGCCAGUUGCUCAGCCAAGUGGCAAUGGGUCAAGCGCUUCCACGACCCUCAAGACCGCGCGGCAGUGGUGUUGUCGUCGUGGCUCAAGUUCAAACCGGGCGAGUCUGCAGUGCCCGAUCAGCCGUGCACGAAUAUCAAAUAUCUCUCCAGGUGGUAUGAGAGCGUGAUGACGCAGGGGUUGAACGGAGUCAUCCUCCACGACUGCCUUCCACGCGAGAUUGUCGACGUUCUCCAGAACGACCGCAUCAAGUUUGAGAAGGUGCAGCUUGACCCGAGCUCCGACAUCCACUUCAAGCAGUCGCCCAACGACGUGCGCUUUGUGCUCUUUAAGGAAUAUCUCGACCGCUCAGACGCCGUCUACGACUUUGUGCUCAUGACAGACCUCCACGACGUCAGGUUUCGCCGCGAUCCGUUCUCUGCAAUGCGCGCGCGCCCGGAUAUCGAGAUCUUCAUCGGCGCAGACCGUUACGCCUACAAGAACAACCCGUUCACGUGGGAGGUGCUGGAGUGGUGCGCGGAGGCGUAUGGGCAGCUGCCCUAUGAACCAUGGUUCGGGGACGCCAUGACCCUCAACUGCGGUGUCGUCGGCGGCAAAUACGACGCUGUCCUCCGCCUGCUCACACACGUUGUCAAGCUGUAUGAGGAGCGGAAGUUCACCAAGUUCCGCUGCUAUGAGCCAUGGCAGCGGCACUGCGACAUGGCCAUGUUUGCCAUCGCCCUCAUGACCGGAUACGAGACGAUGCACGAAGACCCAUGGGCCGACUUGGCGGGGCCGUUGUUACGACAGCCGUACCGGUACGACAGCGGCGCGCCCUUCACCAGCUUGUUCACAGAGGGGCACGACAUGCACCCCAACUAUGUCAUACAUAAGUAGCAGCUCCCGCAUUCGUCGCUGCCGCAAGCAUGAAGCUUGCACGUGUGUGGACGCGUGCGCAUUUGUGGGUUGCGGUCGCUCCUCCCGUGGACCCAUACUUGACAGAUAGAUGGUAUGUGAUUGAUUGUACAUGGAGUG